AUGACUCCAAAUCUCGAAAAGUUAAAUCUGGAAGGAUGUUAUGACUUUCUCAAACUACACAUCCCCGUUGGAUGUCCAAAGCUCAAAUUUCUCAACCUCGGAGGUUCUAAGGUGAGUAUUCUUAACCUUGGGAUGACUCCACAUCUCGAGGAGUUAAAUCUUAGCGGAUGUAAUAAAUUUGUGGAACUCCACAUGCCCAUUGAAUGUCCAAAGCUCAAAUUUCUCAACCUCAAAGGUUCUAAGGUGAGAUUUCUUAACCUUGGGAUGACUCCACAUCUUGAGGAGUUAAAUCUUGAACAAUGUAAUGAAUUUGUAGAACUCCACUCGCAUGUUAAAUGUCUAAACAUCAAAUCCCUCAAUCUUAGUGGUUCUAAGGUGCGUAACCUUAACCUUGGGAUUACUCCAAAUCUUGAAAGCUUAAAUCUCAAAGGAUGUUCUGACUUUGUAGAACUCCACAUGCCCGUUAAAUGUCCAGAGCUCCAAUUCCUCUGCCUUGGUGGUUCUAAGGUGAGUAACCUCAAUUUCGAGAUGACUCCACAUCUCAAGGAGUUAGAUCUUGAAGGAUGUUAUUACCUUCAAGAAAUUCACGCUCCCGUGGGUUGUCUAAAAAAUCUUGUCUACUUUAACUUCAACGGUUGCUCAAGGUUUAAACUUUUUGUUAUUAACAAAUGGAAUAACGAACGUCGUCUUUAUGAUGUUGUUACACUGAAACUAAUUGCGGAGUCCCGAUAUAGAUGCCCACUGCAUCCAGACAGUAAUUUGCCUAAGUUUCAGUUUAAUUGUAUAUAUCGGGAACCUCUACCCUCAUCGAGUGGAAAUGUUGAGAAGCUUAUAUCUUUUGGUCUAUGUGCUUGCACAAACCUUGAGUCGUUUUCAACAAGCAUUUGUGGUUUGCAACAUUUAAGAGAGCUCACUCUUAAAGGCAGUAUUCCGGAGGUUCCCAAUGAUCUGGACCAGUUACAAAGUCUAAAGAUGCUAUGUUUGUCAAUGGGAAAGAUUAAGCAUCUUCCGGAUAGCAUUUUUAGGUUGAAACGUUUGAUGUAUCUUGACUUAAGUUAUUGUAUAUCCUUACAAGAUAUCCCAAACAGUAUCUGUAAGAUGGAAAGUUUAAAAGAUUUAAAUCUCCAAUUUUGUAAACAAGUUGAAAAAUUGCCCCAGGAAUUUGGAGAAAUGAAACACUUGAAUGCGUUAAACAUAGAAGAUGCGGGUAUAAGACAUCUUCCGUGCAGCAUUUUUCAAUUGAAAGGUCUGCGUAUUACAGGGUCUAGGGGGCAGCUUGAGUCCUGUGGUUUUACUAAUAUAAUCUCAAGAUCCAGAGGCUGCUAUGUGCUGUUGUGA